CACCAUCGUGCUGGUAUCUUACCACCAUAGAUGUGUAUCAUACUCGUAUCAUGCUGUUGUCUGGUAUUGUGCAUACUUACGGCAAUAAUAGAUGCGAUUGCAAAUGAAUGUUUAUUGCAGAUUUCAGUAUUCAAUCAGUGAUCAUGUCCCUUUAUGAUGACUUGGGCGUGGAGACCAGUGAUACCAAGACUGAAGGCUGGUCCAAAAACUUCAAGCUCCUGCAGUCCCAGCUGCAGGUGAAGAAGGCUGCCCUCACUCAGGCAAAGACUCAGCGUUCGAAACAGACCACAGUCUUGGCCCCGGUGAUUGACCUGAAGAGGGGCGGAUCCGGUGAGGACAGACAGAUUUCGGACACGCCCCCGCACGUGGCUGCUGGUCUCAAGGAUCCGGUUCCUACAGGGUUCUCUUCGGGGGAUGUACUGAUACCCCUGGCGGACGAGUAUGACCCGAUGUUCCCCAAUGACUAUGAGAAGGUGGUGAAACGCCACAGAGAAGAGAGGCAGAGACAGCGAGAGCAGGAGAGACAGAAGGAGAUUGAGGAAAGAGAGAAGAAACGGAAGGAGCGUCACGAGGGCGGAGCCCCCAGUGGAUUCUCCCACUUUCCAGCCGACGGGGAGUCCGACGAAGAGGAGGAUUAUGAGAAAGAGAGGAAGAAAAGGAUUUUGGGCGGAGCUGCCAUUGCCCCUCCCACAUCGCUGGUGGAAAAGGACAGAGAGCUGUUGAAUGCAGCAUACCAGUUUGAUGAUGAGGGACAGCCGCGUGCCCCCUCGUCGAAAGCCGCCAUCCCACCCCCCAUGUACGAGGAUUCGGAGCGCCCCAGAUCCCCUCCUGGGCCCGCCAACUCCUUCCUCGCCAACAUGGGUGGCACAGUGGCCCAUAAGAUCAUGCAGAAGUACGGGUUUAGGGAAGGCCAGGGCCUGGGGAAGCACGAGCAGGGCCUAAGCACCGCGCUGUCCGUGGAGAAGACCAGCAAGAGGGGCGGCAAGAUCAUCGUGGGCGACGUCGUCGACAAGACUACGGGAUCCAGCCAGACCGUUUCACCUGCGGGUGAAAUGCCCAGCUGGAGCUCAGGGGCUACAGCGGACGCUACGAAGAAGUCGGACGCCAAUCCGCUGACCGAGAUCCUCAAAUGCCCCACCAAAGUGGUGCUACUGCGGAACAUGGUGGGGAGAGGAGAGGUGGAUGAGGACUUGGAGGCAGAGACCAAAGAGGAGUGUGAGAAAUAUGGAAAAGUGAUCAAGUGUGUGAUUUUUGAGAUCUCCGGUGUCAUAGACGAAGAGGCUGUCAGGAUAUUCCUGGAGUUUGAGAGGGUGGAGUCGGCCAUAAAAGCUGUCGUGGACUUAAAUGGAAGAUACUUCGGAGGACGGGUGGUGAAGGCCUGCUUCUAUAACCUGGACAGGUUCCGGGUGUUGGACUUGGGGGAACAGGUGUGAGGGAGGCACGGGUCAGCAGCGUGAUCACGCCUCAUUGGGCCGGGGCGUUUCGGGAGCACGGAGACAAUUCCGUCUGCCUCUGAUGUAUUUCUAGACCGGGAAGAUCAGCAGUCGACGCUCAGCUGUACACGAACAUCACUAUCAACAUGUAUUUGUUAUGUCUUCUGGUCAAAAUGACAGUUUGUGAUUCGGGGAGAGGAUGCGCUGUUCUUGGAAUUUGCACUGAGUGUGUUGUACAGUCAUUUGAGAAUAACAUGGUCAGUUUUUUUUUUUUAAAUGGCAAUUUCAGCAGUAGUUUGUGGUUGCAUGCCAUAACACUUGAAUUGAACAUUCCACAGUUUGCCUGUCUUCCCCUGUAUAAAACUUUGUGAAUACUGAACUGUUUGUCUAUGAUGCAUUAUUUGCACUAUUGUUUUAAGACCUUAGCAUGUACAUGUAACUCUAACAAUAAAUAAUGUUGGUUUACUUUUUUAA